UAGAGCGGAAAACGGUAUUAAAGAAUAUUCUCUUUAUAUCAGCCUCCGCGUGCAGGUUUAUUUGAAAAAUGGCUGCAAUUUGGGAGGAAAAAAAGGCCUAUCAGGAGCUUCUUUACUGGGAUGAACUUGUACAGAAUGGACACACACUGCACCCUCACGAUUACAGCAGGUACGAGGAGCUGCGUUACUGGUACGAGUGUGUGUGUUACGAGGAUGAGUUGAGACAUUACCACGCUUAUCUGUCUGAGUGGAAGAAACGAGAAGCUGAACUUCCUCCUCCUGAAAUGCCGGUGCAGCCGCUCCCUCAGCGCAUGUUCAUCACUGAGGAUCGACACGUGAAGGCCAAACAUGCUACAGUGUACCCCGGUGCUGAGGAGCUGCAGGCCGUGCAGAACAUGGUGUCCCACAUGGAGACCGGCCUGAAGACCGUGGCUGAGAUCAUAAACAAGCAGGAAAACAGUGAGGUGAAUAAACUGCGGGGGGUACUCCGAGUGGGGCUGGUAGCUAAAGGGUUGCUGCUGAAGGACGACAUGGAACUGGAACUGGUUUUACUCUGCAGUGACAUUCCAACCAACACGCUGCUCCAGACUGUCAGUGAUCAGCUCACCGAAGUCAUGAAGAAGCAGAAGGAGGGCGAGUACAUGAUCAGUCCAGCACGUGAGGAUGCAGCGGUGAGGGUGAUGAAGGUGAAGGACCCGAAGCUCACCAUGAAGAUUCAUCUCACCUCCCCAGUAGUGAGAGAGAAAUUAGAGAAAGCUCCGCCCGACGCUCUGGACACAAACAAAUGCCUGGAGUCUCUCGCGUCUCUGCGCCACGCCAAGUGGUUCCAGGCUAAAGCUAACAGCCUGCGGUCGUGCGUGAUCGUCAUUCGAAUCCUGAGAGAUCUCUGUACCCGCGUCCCCACCUGGGCACCCCUGAAAGGAUGGGUGUUGGAGUUGUUGUGUGAGAGAGUGAUCAGUACGAGUGAUCGGCCAAUGGGAGCAGGUGAAGCUCUGAGGAGAGUUCUCGAGUGUAUAGCAUCAGGAUUACUGCUGAAUGAUGGUCCUGGUAUUUCUGACCCGUGUGAGAGAGAGGGAGUAGAUGCCAGUCAUGAUCUCGCCCCUCAGCAGAGAGAGGACAUUACCCAGAGUGCACAGUUUGCUUUGCGGUUGGCAGCAUUUGGGCAGAUUCACAAAGUGCUGGGCAUGAACCGCCUCUCACCCAAAGCAGCACGCAUGUUCAACGACCCACAUCAUAUCUCUCAGGUGGCAGUGCCAGCACCGUACCUACCAAAGCGCCCACUGGAGUCAUUCACAGAUGGAGGGGCAAGCGACAAGAAGUUACCUCGCAAAGAGAGUCGUAGUGAACCCAAUAAUGCAGUGAUGAAGCUAAACCAGUUGCGACCAGGUCUUCUCUAUAAGGUCGUGUCCCAGACCGGUCCUGAACACAGUCCCCACUUCACCAUGUCUGUGGAGGUCGAUGGUAACAGUUAUGAAGCUGCAGGUUCGUCCAAGAAAGCUGCAAAACUAAACGUGGCCUGCAAGGCCCUGUUGGGUAUGGGUGAGACCAUCCCUGCAGAAACGAAGCCCGUACCCAGUCAGAACCAGGGAAAGGAGAGCAACACUACAGAAACCAGCAGCACGGGGACUGAAGGAGAGGCCGAGGCUGAGGUUCCUCAGCAGGGAGGGCCGAUCCUUACUAAACAAGGGAAGAACCCGAUCAUGGAGCUGAACGAGAAACGACGAAGCCUGAAAUAUGAAGUUGUCUCUGUUAAAGGGAGAUUUAAUGACAAGAUCUUCACCAUUGAGGUGGAGGUGGAUGGAGAGAAGUUUCAGGGUUCUGGUUCUAAUAAGAAGAUAGCAAAGGCGAACGCAGCACUGGCGGCUCUGGAGAAACUUUUCCCCCACAGCAGCACCGAACCUCAAAAAAAGAAACGAUUUUCACCCACGGCUUUUGGAAUGGGUGGAGUUCCCUAUGCUGGGCGUGGCAGGGGGAGAGGACAGGGCCGAGGUUUUAUAGCUAAAGGCUUCAAUUAUAAAGGCUCUACCCCAGCAGACUCCGCCUUCUAUUCCAACACAUUCACUGUUGAUUCCGGUGUAACUGGGUCUCAGGAAGAACAUGGGGGUUUGGACACUCAGAAUCAGGUGUACCAGGCUGUUCCCCCACCGUCCAGCGGCUACUACAACCAGCAGAGCCAGCAAUACGGCCAGUAUAAGAAGAACACCCAGAACACUAAUGCUAAUGCUGACCAGAGCCAGCAGUCACUGGUGGGACCUAAUUAUGGCUAUGGUUACCAGAACUCCCAGAACUACAGUUAUGGUGCGUACUCUAACCAGUCCACAUACAGUGGAACAGGAGCAGUGACUGGUACAAUGAUGGGCACAGGGACUGGCACCAUGACUGGUACAGAAUCAGAAGCAGGAAGUUAUGGAUAUCAACAAAGUGCGUAUCCAAACCUGGGAGGCUACAGCAGCAACACCAACACCAACAACUACAGCUACAAAUGAGCUUCUGUUUACUGUUAUUAUACCACCCCCAUAGGUGCAACUUCCUGUUUCCUCUUGCCAGGCUAAUCGACUCUGGUUGAUUGGCUGAUAAUCUACUCACUCGUUACCUUUAAAGUUUUAUUCAUUUUAUUUUGUAUUGUUUGUUGUGUAGCGACAGUGUGUUAGCAGUUAUUGCUCUCUUAGGUUUUAAGUAAAUGAGUAUGUGGGUGGAGAGGAAGUGACACGAGUAUUUCUGUAACCCUUAAAAAUUUAGUAAGUCGUUCAUGAUUGUAUCUGGUUUUGGUGAAUCUGUAGCGCUGAUGUGUGUCGUUGCUACUGUGACAAUAAACAUUUUCUAUUUUUAAACUUUUAAA